UAAUGCACUCACAGAUAAAGCAAGCCUCACACAGGAAAUAGCGUCUACAUAUUUUGAGAUGUAUAUGGAGCAUUCUUAAUUGGUAACAAGGCUUUAUAUGGUGGGCUCUGUAGUGUACUUGCUGUAAUGCAAGGGAAAUCUAAGUCUUGAACGAAGAAGUGUGCCUGAAGAGUUUUUCUUAUUCGCCCGUUGUUAUCUAAAAGGAAGUUUUAAAUACGAAACUCUCUGCAGCGGCCAACAUGGAUAAGCCGCUUUAUAUAUUAAUAUUUCUGUUACUAUGGUCUAAUAGAAUAAGAGGUGGCGAAGAGGAAGAUAUAAAUGGUUCGUUUUCUCCAUCAACACAAAAGACCGGAGUCAGAAACUCAUUAAUUGACAAAGCAUCAACAUCAACAGUAACAAAGAAAACAACAAUAUUUGAUCCUGAUUCAGAAUCAGCGGAAAAAGUAUCACCUCCAAUCAAAUCAAAAACACUAGAAACUAAUACAGGUACAGUAGAACCAUCUGUGCCCAAUUCCAAUACCCCCAUACCUGCAAAAGAUACACCAGAUUCAGUUUCCUCAAAUUCUGUUUUCCCUAAAAUUGCGAGAGAGUCAACAAGAAAGAAUACGACAACGCUAAGCGACACCGAUUCAGAUUCAUCAGAAACACAAUCAUCUUCCAAUAAACCAGAAGUUCCUCAAACCACAAAUGUUUCAUCGGAAACAAACUCACCUCCCAUCAAAUCAGAAGAGACAGAAACCAAACUUGGUGCUUCAGAAAUAUUCCUACCCAAUUCCGUUACCAUCAAACCUGCGAGAGAUUCAACAACAGUAAACACAAAAGAAAGUGACCCCGAUUCAGCAUCAAAAAAAGCAAAAACAACACCAGCAAGGGACCUCGAUUCAGAACCACCAGAAACAUAUUCAACUUCUAUGAAAUCAGAAGCUGCAGAAACCGAAUUUGAACCAUCAGAAACAGAUUCAACUUCUAUCAAAUCAGAAGCUCCAGAAACCGAAUUUGGUACACAACAACCAUCUUUCCAUAAUUUCGAAUCCCACGAACUUGCAGAUGAAUCAUCGGAAACAGAUUCGCCUCCCUUCAAAUCAGAUGCCCCAGCAAUUAAUCCUGAUAAUCUAGAACCAACAAUCCCUAAUUAUGAAACCCUUGGACCUUCAAAGGAAAAAUCUGAAUUGCUUUCAAGACAUACGAUAACCUCCAGAGCUACGAAGGCCACAAAAAGUAAAGAUCCUCAUUCAACAACUAAUGUGGAUGAAGAAAUAACAACUACAGUAAUAAGUACGAUGGAAUUAACCACAAUUGACAGCACAGAAAUGACGGAUAAAACAACGACUAUAGGUGAUGUGUACAACCUAAACUGCUCAUCAAAUCAAUCAGACUAUUUUAAAAGCCAGACAAAUUCCUCAAUCACACUUACACUGUCACCAUUUGGAAACCAUUCUCAGUUAUGUAUACUGAAAUGGUCCGAAUCAAAUGUUUCUGAGUGUGUAUUAUCAAACUCGUCGUCAGACAUAACCAUAGAUGGAUUGGAUUCAGGAAGGCCGUACAAUUUCUCAGUUUAUUAUCUUCAGGAACACAAUGAUAAAACAAAUCUGAGUAAAUCUACGUGUACAAUUGGACCCUAUUACACAAGACCAGAGAGACCAGAUUGCUCACAAUUCAACCAAACAGAGCAGCCAAAAAUCACGAAUACAACAAUUACUCUCGGAAAAUAUUUCAUUUCAAAUAAUUUAUGUGCAAAUGUAACAUCAACGAAACAUAAACCAGAUUCGCACCUUGUUUUUAGUGAAUCAAUAGGGGAUCUAUCUGCUGCGACUUCCUACAAAAUCUCGUUAUUUAAAUUCUUGAAUGGAUCGGAUGGUCCCUUACUGAGUGCAGAGGGUUGUCCUCUAGGAACCUUUCAUACAUUACCUAAGGACCCUCAUUGUCAUGUUAUUCCAAAUAAAACAUCUGUAACGAAUCGAACCAGCAAAAGCAUUACACUGAACACAACCCAGUUACGGAACCACAGUGAGGAGAAUCAGUUGUGCGUUCAGAUUUAUCCUAAUCCCUCCAAAUGCAACCCAGUCGGACUUAUUACAAUGUUUGAUCACCUGAAUUCAUCAUCUAAAUACAACUUUUCAGUGUUUUCUUAUUAUAAUGUAUCAGACAACGGUUAUAUGGUUCUCAGUGAGAAACACUGUCCACUUGGCAAUUACUAUACUUUACCCGCGAGUCCAAACUGCAAAGAAAUAAAAGCAAAUGUCACAGUAAAAAGCAAAAUGGCUACGAAUAUUACACUUGACUUUACCAAAGUAGCUGUUGAUAUUAGAGAGUCGUUAUGUGUUAAACCCCAAUACAACUUGACCUGCAUACAUUAUUCAUCUCCCACUAUGACUUUUCAACAACUGAACAUUUCUGAAAGUUACAACUUUUCUGUGUAUUCCUACCUCGACAAUCCGUUCCUCCGUAGUCACAAUUCCUGUAAAAUCUUAACCUAUACAGGUCCAGAUAUUCCUGUAUGUAAUCGUCAUAUAGUUUCUAAUAGAACAACCACGAGCAUGCUUUUGGAUUUGAGACAUCUUAAUACCACUGGCGCUGUACGUUAUAUUGCUGACAUAUUUCCCGAUGAAUUAGAGUUAGAAUUUUUUUUUACUAAAAAUAACAAUUUUAUCAAAAAUAUUACAAACCUGACACCAGGAACAGCUUACACUCUUAGGAUAUUUGCCGUUAGUAAACAUAAUAUUAGAAGUACAGAUAGCUGCCACGUCAAGCAGGUGUACACAUAUCCCGGUCAACCAACAAAUGAAAGUUAUACACAGAAUGCAUCUAGCCUCCAGUUUAGUUGGAGCCCUUUUGGGAAGGUGGAUACUUAUGAUUUAACAGUACUCUGCCAUUGUUCCUGUUGUUCAUGUUCAAAAAACACCUCCAUUUCUGUGUCUAACAAUGUCACAACUUAUAAUGUUACUGAAUUAGAGCCUGGAACAUACUGUAGCGUGAACGUUACAGCUAUCUCAGGGGGAUCUUCUAGUAUUCCAUUACAAUUCAACAACAUAGAGACAACUGAGAAAGCUCCUGGAGAAGUGUCGGGUGUAAAUGUAACAAACAUUACAUGUAAUGGAUUUACAAUAAGCUGGAGCAAACCUGACUUUCCGAAUGGAGAUCUUGUCAACUACCGCGUCAAUCUACUUAAUCCAGCAGAGACUAUAGACGUUCCAAUUUCAACACCAAGUACAUCGUAUAACACAUCGUUUAAUGACUUUUUACCAGGGGUCUGCUACAACGUGUCUGUCGCAGCUAUUAAUAAAAUUGACGAAGGAAAAAGAAUAUAUAGAACUGUAUACACGACAGAGACAGUUCCCUCCAAUGUUACUAAUCUAGUAACUUUGAAUACCUCGUCCACGUCUAUAGCAGUUUCGUGGUCAAAACCUCAAAAACCAAACGGUGUGAUAAAAGGUUAUCAGAUCUUGGUAUGGACAACAAUGGAAGGCAAAAUUCCUGAGCAGAUUAUAACACUUAGAUGUGGGAGCUGCCAAAGACCAUGUCAUACCGCUUUAACUCAAGAUAAUCUUCAAAAAUCAAGAUUACCUUAUGUAAACAAGGAAAAAGAUGAAACGACAACUGUCCAUAACGUAUCUUUUACUGAAAGCAACACCACCUUACAUUACGAGGUCACUGGAUUGAAAAUAUUCACUUCAUAUGUCUUUAAUGUAACUGCGUUUACAUCAGUAGGACAUGGGGAAUGGGCAACAAAUGUACGAAAGACAUCGGAAGACAUUCCAUCCAGUGUUACUGAUCUAAAAGCCUCUAAUACCUCGUCCACGUCUAUAGCAGUUACAUGGUCCAAGCCUUACCAUCCAAACGGUGUGAUAAAAGAGUAUCAGAUCUUCGUCACGAAAACAAAUGAACAUAUGGAAGGCAGCAAUCUAAAGCAAAUCAUAACGCUAAAGUGUGAUUGCUGCCAGGGGUCAUGUCCUACCGCCGUGCCCAAAGAUAUGGAAAAAGAUGAUACGGCAACUGUCCAUGAAGUAUCUUUUACUGAUAGUAACACCACCUUCCGUUACGAGGUCACUGGAUUGGAAAUAUUCACUUCAUAUUUUUUUAAUGUAACUGCGUUCACAUCAGUAGGACAUGGUAAAUGGGCAAAAAAAGUGGCAAAUACAUCGGAAGACAAGCCAUCUCCUCCAGGACAUCCUGUGGAAAGCAAUGUACAAAUUAAAAGUUUGUCAUUUGUGUACGAUAAACCAGAGAAAGAAAACGGCGUGAUUACAAAUCAGGAGAUUGAGUACAGUUAUAAACCAUAUAAUGUGUGUGUUGAAGACUCUGAAUUUGAGCAUACUGUAACGAAAACAAACAUGUCCGGAAUUAUUGAUAUUGGUGAUAAAUUUAACGCUUCUUUGGGGAAUUUACAACCUUUUUGGUUGUACACCAUAAGAGUUAGAGUUUCGACCUACGCAGGUUUCAGCAAUUAUAGCCAACCUACCACCAUUCGAACUCGGCCAACAACUCCAGGAAAAGUGUCCAACAUAAUUGCUGCACAAACGUUUUCAAGACACAUUGAAUUAAAAUGGACCCAACCAUGUCAUCCAAACGGGUUGAUAAUCAAUUAUCAAAUAGAUAUUUGGAAUACAAAUGAUUCAAGUCACAAUACCACACAAACAAACAGUAACAUCACUGGCCUCCAUGUAACCAGUUUACUUCCAUAUUGCCUGUACAAUUUUACCGUGUUCACAGAGGUACAAAAUGUUUCAAAUUUAAGUGAACCUCCAACAUCGACCCUAUUCCGGACUAAAGCUGAAGCACCAUAUCGCCCUGGAAGGUUCACAGUAAUAAGUAACACUUCUACAUCUGUUAUGCUAUCUUGGGAGACUCCUGCACUAAAAACUGGUCCAACAACAUACAUAGUAAAAGCUAUCGACAAUGAGACAUUUGUUCUUGGAGGGUCAUGUGAAACUUUAGGUUUUUACAAUACAACAUGUAAUAUAACUGGAUUAGAUUCUUACUGGAAUUAUCUACUGACUGUAGAGGCAAUUGUCGAAAAUUUUCCGGCGAAUAAAUCUACAGACUAUGACGGUGUCCAAACAGCUCAAAGCGCUCCUGGCAGAGUUUCACAUUUUACAGUAACACAAGAUUCAAAUGUUACCGCAAAAACUAACGUUCUUAUUAAAUGGAGCCCACCGAGCAAGAGGGAUCUCAAUGGAAUAAUAACAAAUUAUUUUCUUCAAUACUGGUAUCAAUCAAAUCAAAUAAAGACAAACUCUUAUAACAGUACAGAGAGUGAAGCAACCAUUUUAGUGGAGGCAGAAAAGGUGUAUACAUUCCAGAUCUUUGCUAAGACGAUUGAGAAUGCCACAGACAUUGCUACCAAACGUUUGCCUAUUAAACCUGGCGCACCACUCCCUCCUCCACCACAAAAAGUCCCACUCAUCAACAAAGGUCCCCCCGCAUCUGACGACCAGACGCAGAUCGCAGUUGCCUUCCGUCGGAUAGCUCUUUGUGACGACUCAAAUGGAAAAAUCGUUAAGUGGUACAUCAUAGUCUCCAAAACGACAGAGAGACAAGUUUUCAGGGGAACAAAGAAUGAAUACCUCAAGAAGAUUGAGAAAAGAUACAAAAAAUGGAAGGAUGUGUAUGAAAAGGACGUGACUGAACCAUACAUAGCUUCAGAUUCAUGGAUUCCUCACUGUGGACCAGGUUCUCGGAGAAAGAGAAGUGCUCCAGUAGAGACCAUCAGUUACACCCUGGGAUCAGACGGGGAUUGUGAGAGCGGGAAUAGGAAGUAUUGUAACGGGAACCUUGAACCGGGACAAACCUACCGAGUUCGAUAUGCUGUGUGCACAGCCAGGGGUUGUCUGGAAUCAGAAUUCUCCGAGCCAUUUCAAACAGCACCAAACCACGUCCCUGCUAUAGCUGGAUCGUUGACUGCCGUAGUACUUGUCCUCGCCGUUAUCAUCGUUGUUAUCAUCGUACUGAAAAGGAGAGGAAAGGGUCCAUUCAAGAGUUUGGACAACGGUGAGGUAGGACAACAAAAUGAAGCGUUCAAUGGUGUGGAGAUGAAGGGAACCUCGAAACCAAAGGCUGUUAAAAUUGCUGACUUUGCAAACUACGUACAGAAACUACACGCGGACAGCAAUCUUUUAUUUUCAAGCGAAUACAAGCUUCUGAAGGAAACCUGUCCAACCCACACCACCAAGGCUGCUGAGGUUCAGGUAAACAGGAUAAAGAACCGAUACACCAACAUCCUAUCGUAUGACCACAGUAGAGUUAAGCUUCUCCCCACGGAGGAUGACGAGGGUUCCGAUUAUAUCAACGCUAACUACAUGCCGGGGUAUAGUUCGCCAAGGGAAUACAUUGCUACCCAGGGUCCUUUGCCAUUCACACGUGACGACUUCUGGCGGAUGAUCUGGGAACAGAACGUCAGCAUCAUUGUCAUGCUUACACAGCUAGUGGAAAGAGGAAGGCGGAAGUGCGAUAUAUACUGGCCGGAGGCUGCAAGGGAACCAGUUUACUAUGGAGACCUCGUUGUGGAACUGGAGUCUGAGUCUACUUUGCCAGACUACGUGCUCAGAGUGAUGUCCAUAAAACUGGGUGAUACCAGAAAAACCGUCAAACAAUUUGCAUACUUGGCAUGGCCUGACAUGGGUAUCCCUGAAACUUCUGAGGCGAUGCUUAAGUUUGCAAAGGAAGUGAGGAGUCACCUUCCUCCGCCAGCAACUAGCAAGGGACCAAUUGUGGUACACUGCAGUGCGGGGGUGGGUCGCACCGGAACUUUUAUUGCCGUGGACUAUCUGAUGCAGCACGUCCGGACCAGUGACGUCAUAGACAUCUACAGCUACGUGAUGAAGAUGCGCAAUAACCGACCAAAUAUGGUUCAGACCGAGGACCAGUACGUCUUCAUCCAUGACUGCAUCAAGGACUACGUCAAUAAGAAUGAUGAUGACACUGACGAUGAAGAGGAAGAAGAAGAAAAGCAGGAGGAUCAAUCUAUAUACAUGAAUGUAUAGUGCAAUUAUGGGAACACUAACUAUACAACAAGAAAACCGGUGUGACAUGCGUUGAAUACCAGUGGAAUCAGCUUUUCGGUGUUUAAAGCCAGAGGAUGCUUUAGAAACAUUUUAAUUUUUUUUUUAAUUUUAAAAAUUUAAUUGUUUUUUUUUUAUUUGUAACUUGCAAUACGUAUGUACUGUUGAAUCAUAUUCUACUGACUCAUAAUUUGUUUAAUGGUAUUGCAUUUCAUUCUUAUUCUUUAAAUAAAUUAAGGAGGCUGGUUGUUCACGAAAUUAUCCAUCAGAUCUACCUUAAAAGGAAUAGAGAAUUAUUUUAUCAGCCGUAAACUUUUAUUCAGGGCAGAAAACUUCCUAAAAUCUUAGCUUUAAAAGAUUUCCUUCCUCUUUUCACAAAUUUCUCCUAUUAAAGGAGAUUAGUAGAGUUUAGAAAUGACCACGUCAUUCCAGCCACCUUAAAAACUGUGACUGUAAAACAUUUUUGUUUCUUUUUUGUAUAAAUUUGGUGCUUGACAAUGAUGUUAUGUCGUUUUCAAUAUUUUUUUGUUUAAGAAAAUAAUUGCUAAGUUUUGUCAAAAAACUUCGCCGAUUUACCGAAAAAAAAAACACCAUCCCAGACAUUUAUAGCAAUAGUUUAAAAUUUUAUUAAUCAGACUUUGUUUUUUUUUUCUUCUGUUCAGAAUUUCUUUAUAAAAAUGAUUUGUAUAUAAUAGUUCUUGGUUAUCAUUUUGUCACCAAUUAAAUAAGUUUUAUUUCAUUUAUGCAUGUUUAUUUUGAUAUUUAUUGUUUUUUUUUUUAAUUUAUUUAAUUAAAUGUACGAUUUUGCAACCAUUAAGCAAAAAUAUGACUUUUACCCAAACUUUGUUUUAAAUUAUGAUCAAAUGACAUCCGUGUACAUGUUUCAUUCGAAGACAUGUAAAUAUCACAUAUUUUUGUAAAAUUGUUAGUAUGAUACAUUAAAUAUUUAUAUACAUGUAAUAAUAUUUCAUAUAUGAGUUUAUAACAUUGUGUCUAGCUUUUGAAUAAAAGGGUGUCCAUUUAA